AUGACUGCUAUUUCUUUCCCUCCUAAACCUCCCCCACUUUCCGAGGUUAUUUCUCGCCUUGAGGACCUUGUUUCCAUUCAAGUCCCCAAGUCUGCAUCGCCUGAGAAGGACCAGAUUACCAUUCACUAUAACGAUAUUCGUGGGUCCCAAUCUCUUACUAGGUUGACUCGUAAGAUCACCAUCUUACUUCACAUUCAUGAUUAUUAUAAUGCAUGGGCAUGUUUGCAACUACACUCUCGAUGUGGAGGUUCCACUUUUGACAGUUCUCUGUCUCCUCUCUCUCUCCUGCUCGAGGGCUUCUGUGAACUGCCUCUGCGUUUCCCAUCUCCACUGCUGUCUCCUUCUGACGACGAUGACCCUAUGUCUGGCCCCAACCCCUCUCCUUGUGUCAUACAAGGUUCGCCAUCCUGGGGUCGUUCCUCCUGGUCCACUACAACUUCACAUCCCUCGUCCGAUGACAAGAAUGCUACUGUUUAUGGAACUACACCUUUGAUUUCGAAGGGUCCGGGUUCUAAGAUGAAUGGAUCUGAAGCUGGUGGUUGGUUUGCUACUGGUCCCGGUGAUUGGGAUCCACUACCGACUAUCGAAGAUUUGGCUGCUAAGCAAGGUACCUUAGGUGAUGCCCAGGCUAUCGCUGACAAGAUUUCUGAGCGAGUCGCACCUCACACUAUGUUUGAGGGUCAGACUUGA